AUGGAUUGGAGCAAUUAUAUGGAUAUAUCAUUAAGUUUAGCUGAAGAAGCAUUAGAAGUGGGAGAAGUUCCUGUUGGCUGCAUUUUUGUUGAUAAUGACAGUAAUAUUAUAGCUUCUGGCCGUAACACAGUUAAUAAAACUAAAAAUGCAACUCGGCAUGCUGAAAUAAAUUGUGUUGAUAAUAUUAUUAAGGCCGGCAUUUUAGAAAAAUUAUCUAAUGUAACGGUUGUUGUUACUGUUGAACCUUGUAUAAUGUGUGCGGCAAUGUUGAUAAAGAUUGGUUGUACUAAUAUUAUUUAUGGAUGUGCUAACGACCGUUUUGGUGGAUGUGGUACUGUACUUGCUGUUCCUGGGUUAGAAAAUUGUAAAAUUCAAGGUGGAUUGUUUGCAGACCAGGCAAUGCAUUUAUUAAAACAAUUUUACAAAGGUCAAAAUCCUAAUGCUCCUGAAAGUAAAGUUAAAAAGAAAACUAUUGCUCCAUAA